AUGGUUAUUGGUGUCGAUCCUGACAAGGAACGAAUUCAACUGGCCAAAGAGUCGCACAGUCAAAUCGAGAAUCUCUCGUUUGUAGAAGGGAGUGCCAUAAACUCAGUAAUUACGCUCUUCAUUGGAUGACAAACAAGCAACAAGUCUUCAACAAGUUUGACAGUCUUAAGGUUGGAGGAAAAGUAGCAGUUCAAUACAUGUCCUAUCUGCCCUUGUUUGAUUACAACACUUACGUGCUACUAAAUCCCGAAAACGCAGAGCGCAUUUUUUGUUUGUUUCAUCUUGAGUGA